AUGUUAUCCAUCUAUUCCAAUCUGUUCAUUAUCUAUCUAUCUAUCUAUCUAUCUAUCUAUCUAUCUAUCUAUCUAUCUCUCUAUUGUUUUUCUAUUCAUAUCUAUCUAUCUAUCUAUCUAUCUAUCUAUCUAUCUAUCUGUUUUAAUCUGUUCAUUGUCUGCCUAUCUAUCUAUCUAUCUAUCUAUCUAUCUAUCUAUCUAUCUAUCUAUCUAAAUCUGUUAUCCAUCUAUCCCAAUAUCUGUUCAUUAUCUAUCUAUCAAUCUAUUUAUCUAUCUAUCUAUCCUAAUUUGUUCAUUAUCUAUCUAUCCAUAAAUCUAUCUAUCUAUCUAUCUAUCUAUCUAUCUAUCUAUCUAUCUAUCUAUCUAUCUGUCUUAGUCUGUUCAUGUCAUUCUAUCUAUCUAGUCUGUUCAUUAUCUAUCUAUCUAUCUAUCUAUCUAUCUAUCUAUCUAUCUAUCUAUUUUAUUUUUUUGAAGGCGAUGCGAAACGCUUUUCAACCAACGGCCAUCUAUCUAUCUCAAUCUGUUCAUAAUCUAUCUAUCCUAAUCUGUUCAUUAUCUAUCUAUCUAUCUAUCUAUCUAUCUAUCUAUCUAUCUAUCUAUCUAUCUCUUCAUUAUCUAUCUAUCUAUCUAUCUAUCUCAUUCUGUUCAUGCCAUUCUAUCUAUCUAGUUAUGUCUUAUUUGACUUAG